AUGGCAAGGCAUAGAAACUACAGAAAUUAUGCCUACGAAGACGGUAUAGUACAUGUUGAUUGUUAUUCAUUCAAACCAAACGUUAUCUUGUUCUGAGUUACAUCGUGAAGCCCAAACGUGGAAAGUAGAGAUGUUAGGCUUUCUAAAACACGCGCUGAUCGUAGUAAUUCUAUUAGCUCAGAUGUAUGCAACAUGAAGUAAAUGUAUCAGAUUCUCAUUCGGAGAGCUUUACGGAAAUUAUCACCAAGAUUUCAAUGUACAUUUCACCCCAUACUUCAUUAUAUAUGCAUACGUACAAUUUUGCAACAUAGGAUAAGUCUCGGGUAUUUCAGGAUUGUCCAUCUCGUAAAAGACCUUCACAGAUAGCAAGGAAGGUUUCAUAAUCGUAAUAAAUCAUUGGGCUGCAACAAAAUCGUACCAAUUCACUCGGUUGAUUCAUCCCCAAGGUCUUGUUAUGUUCAUGGCUGUAAACUUGCAGUGAUCAAUGUGGGGAAACGAAAAUGUCUAAGAAUGUCUGAUCAAAUGUGAAAUUGAACUCAGUUUCAACAAAAAGUGCAACACCACAUGCACAUGAUGAUUUGUCAGUGAUUGGUACUGACUAUAUUUUGUAGAAGUUAACUUAGAAGUAAGACAAUAUAUGUGUUGCCUUUUGGUCAUCAAUAUUUUUGUUUAACUGUAGACAUGUCUGAUGAUGUGUAUGGUCAUUCAGUGGAGGAUUAUGACAUAGCAGUAUCACCAACCACUGGUAGGGGUUAUGUAUACUUUUAAAAUUUGGUAGGGCUAAAAGGUGUAAUUGGUAUUACCCCUUUAAAUCCCAGAAGUUAUUAACAUAUAACCUCUCCUUAAAGUAUCUAUACAUUAUCCAGCAGACAGGUCAUGAGAAUACUCAAAUUUAUCAGGGAGAAGUUGUUAUCUUGAUUUAACACAAAAUUCUUGCUACUAAUUUACAAGGGAAUGUGUAGUAAAAAGAGUUUGGGUUUACCCUAAGGUAAAUAUUGUUUGAUGAAAUUGAACAACAAGCUGAUGUUGGGUUAGAAGAAAGUCAAAUUUUUUUAUGUUACUUGUAAGGAACCAUAAAUUCAUGUACGCUGUAUGUGACUUACAGAAAACAUAAUUUUUUGGAUGAAGAGAAUGGCUGUGAGGGGAGGUCUGUGUGAAAUUAUUUAAUCAGUUGGUCAUUAAAAGGUAGUAAGUUUAAAAAACUUGUGACUGUGUAAGUCAUGUCAUAGGUGUUGUUUAAUUGAGUGGGACAUAAACUAACAAUAUUUCAUUGAAUUUUAUUGCACAUCAGCUGAGGAAUUCCUGUUCAGACGUAGCAAUAGUCGGGACCCAAAUCUAUCAGCAUACAUGGCUGAUAGAUUUGGCAGAGUGGAAGAAGAAGAUGAAGAAGAAUCUGAUGACGAACCUCUGGCUACAUCACAGGACUACAGAAGACCUCAGUUAGAUCCCAGGAGUGAAGGUAAAAUACUAAAGGAAAAGGAAUGAAAACAAUAUGGAGAUAAGGGAAAUCUGAAUUUCAAGGCUGGAACCUUACACUAACAUCUUAAUAGAUAUGCCGUAACUGAAAUCAUGCAGAUUUGUGGUCAGUCCAUUGAUUUAAUUUAAAAUCCACACAGUUAUAGUGUUAGACUUGAGCAAAAAAAAUACUUUAUAUGAAAAAAUGAAAUUGUGGUUAUUUUUUUAACAUUUUUAUUUUGAGUGCAACUAUCUGGAUACUAAAUUUACUAUCUAGUUUAAAAUUGAUCAUCACAUAUGACUCUCUUACACUGGGUUUUCAGAAAAAUUAUCCUCUUGUUUGGAUCAACUUCAUUCUAUUCUUGGAGAGAACUUAGAUGAAUGCACUGCUGUGACGGCAGUUAUUCAGCACAACUUUGACUUAGAGAGGGCUCUGGAUCAAAUUCUUAGUGGUGGUAUGUUCUACUGUGUAUGUUACAGGUCAAAUUAUGUUCAGGUUCAUAAUCGUACAGGUUGGAACAAUUUUUUUUACAACGAGGUACAUGGCAAUGUUGAUUAAACCUUGCUAAUUUUUAAUUUUUGUAAUUAUUUCAUUUUUUGGAAUUGUCCUUGUAAAAAUAUUUUGUGGCUGGUGCUACAUGGCAUUUCAUCUCGCCCGAGAGACUUAUCAGAUACUUUUUGUAAAUUCCAAGCAAACUCGCUAAGCAUCACACUCAAAGUCAUGUUUGUGAAGUCAAGAUGUUGGCAGUCUGGCCCUCUAUGACAGAAGGAUUCCUUACUGCACAUUCACAAGUAACAAAAAUCGUGCCAUGUCUAAUGAGAGAGUUCGGGAUUUAGGAUUAUUGUUAAUAUGUUGUCUUGUGUUGUUUGUCUGCUAACCAUAGAAGUGUUUAACAGAUAGAUGAAGGUGGGUUGAUUUCAUUGAUUUCAGGUUAAUUCUGUUUUUAUUUUGUUUUUCCAGGGGAAAAACAUGACAUCAAGGAUAUUUCACGUCCAGCUGGAAGUAAAGGUGAGCUUAUAUAAGAACACAAUGACUAGAGAAAUUUUCAGUUGAGUACUAAAAGUUAACCCUUUACACCUAACAUCAGUAUGCAAGUUCUCCAUACUGUUCUUUAUACAUUUCUUAUGGUGCUCGAAGGAGAACUUGUCUAACAAUCAAGAGCUUCUUGAGUUUCCAACCAUUUCUGUUAUUCUCAUGAACUUAAUGUUUAAUUUAGGGGUAAUACUGUUAGGAGAUAUUAGAUACUUAUCACUCUUAGGAGUUAACCCUUUAACUCUCAUGAGUGACCAAGAGAGAAUUUCUCCUUACAAUAUCAACACAAUAUCAAGCAUAGAAGUGAUGAGAAUAAAGUAAACUAUCAAUUAGGAGAUUAUUAGUUGAUCCAAUACCAAAUUCUCCAAACUGACAUCAUGAGAAUUGUAUGUCAGACAGUAAAAAGAAUUACUAAUGAGAUCUUGGGAGUUAAAGGAUUAUGAGGGGAUACUUUGGUUGUACGUCUUCUGGCUCUAUGAUAAUAUUAGUCCAGAAAACUUUUGUCACCCCAACGAAUCAGGUGCAACGUCAGAACCAAUUGAGAUCUAAUCUCUGGCAUUUUCUCAUACUUAGCCCCACAACCCUUGACUCCCAGAUCAAAUUUGUAAUUUUCCUUACUCUCAACCAUACAAUUCUUAGAAUGUUAGUUUGGAGAAUUUAGUUUUGGAUCAACUAUUUAUCCCCAAAUUGAUAUUUUUCUUUAAUCUCGUCACUUAUCUGGUUAAUAUAGCAUUGAUAUUGUAAGGAGUUUAAGGGUUAACCCUUUAGAGUGACCAGCAUCUGAUUUCUCCUAACAAUUUCACCCCUCAAUCAAUCAGUUAGGUCACAAGAAUAAAGGGAAUGGUCAUCAACGAAAGAGGUUCUUGAUUGCUUAACAAAUUCUCCUUGUCAGCACUUUAGGAUAUGUAUAGAGAACAGUAUGGAGAAUAUACAUACUGAUGUUAGGGUGUAAAGGGUUAAAGAAGAAGCAUGCCCCACUAACCAUAUAAUUUUAUAUAAUAAGUUCAGUUAUGCACGCAUUCUGAUUGGUUAUCACUUAUGAUCUAUUGGAGGACAGACAUAUAGAUGACGUCAUCAUUAAAACUUUUUUUAAUUCUUUAUUAUACAAAACGAACAGAUUCCAAGUUGCCAUGCAUCUGUUCAGUAAUAGAUCACAGAGGGCAUCAAAAUGUGGUAAGAACAUCACUGACACACUCGGCUGCGCCUCAUGUGCCACUUUUUUGUUCUUACCACAUUUUGACAUCAUCUGUGAUCUAUUACUGAACAGAUGCACAGCAGCUUGGAAUCUAUUUGUUAAGUUGACUUCACCAUUGAGAAGUUUUUAUGAAAUUGUAGCACCAUCAUCAUUAUGGUCACUUUUAAGUAUUGCCUUCAACAGUUCAUAAACUAAUUUUAUGCCUGUUUGUUCUUCUUUUCCAUGUUCUUCCUGUUGUAUGGCUUUCACAAGGUAAGAUUGUGAAUUAUUUCAAACCCAGUCAGAAAAACAGGUUCAAGUCAAUGAGCAAAAUAGACUAUGCAAAAAAGCUGUUGCAAAGCAGUUGUCUGCAGGUAGAAAAAAGAAUCUCAAAACAACUAAAGAAACAACUUUGUUGGCAAAUAAUUCUGGCUCAGUAAGUUUGUCAGGCAUUUCUCCUACGGCAUUAUCUUUAAACACUUUGGCUCAAGGAUCAUCUGCUGACAACUCGUCAUCAAAUGACAGUGUUUUGCGCAAACCAACCAUCGCAGCAUCUUUGUCUUCAAACUCAAACACAAAAUCUGUUGGGUCGUUUAAUAUAGAUGGAGUAUCUGUAUCUGAACCUCCUCACACUGUGUCACCUCCCACUUCAUUAUCAUCGGCAGCAGUUGCUCAGUCGCACCAAGCAAGAGUCAGUGAUGGAUCAGAGAUGCCAGCACAAAGUGUUCUGUUAGCAGCCCCUCUAAGUAGCUUGUCUCGCUCAGGAGGGUCAUUAUCUGUACGGUCAGUGACAUCUCUUUCAGUUCCUCUUAGCCAUCUUUCUGGCCUAGGAGGACUACCAUCUUUGUCAGAGUCACAGAACACAGAUAAUAACAAGCUCCCCCUGACCUUGGGCAGUCUAUUGCAGUUGUCUCAGCAAGGUCCUUUGUCAACUCAGCCAGUGACAUCUUCAUCAUCAUCUCUAUUGUCAGUUCCUCUAAGCAGUCUUUCAGGGCAGUUAGGAAUGUCAUCAGUUUCAAAGCCAGUGAAGGAUGGCACUAACAACCCUCCCUUGACUUUGAACACUUCACAGUCACAGUUAUCUUCCCAACAGGGCUCAUUAUCAGGACAAGCAUUGCCAUUGUCAUCAUCAUCUCUUCUUUCAGUUCCUCUCAGCAGCCUUUCAGGCCAAAUAGGAGAAUCAUCACUGUCAGAGCCGCCAAACAGUGGUCUCCACAACCCUCCCCUGACAUUGAAGAGUUUGUCAAGCAGCCCUCUGCUCUCACCUCUUAAUAGUGUCUCACAGAAAGGCAGUGCAUCCACUAGUGAAACAACCCUUGGAUCUUUACUUAACUCUACAUCCAAAAGCUCUGCAUUUUCCUUACCCCUUAGGAACUUGGCUGAGAUUUCAAAAUCAGGGUCAGAAUCAGGAGAGGUUAUUACACAAGGACCUUCAUUGUCAAUGCUGCAUGGCAGUUUAUUGCAUGUAGGACACUCUCCAGGAAGUGGAAUGGACACAUCACCCUCAAAACUGUCUCAGUCAUCUGGCGCAUCCCUUUCAUCAAGUCCACUAUCAAAUGUUGGUACUUUAAAUGGAAAUUCUUUGGUUCUCAAACUAACUGACCUGAAGAUCCAUGGCAAUUUAAGUGGCAUUCACCAACAGGAGAACGAUCAUAAUCACAACCAGACAAUGGAACACAAAGGUGUAAAAACACCUGUGAUGCCCUCCAUGUCUGACGUGCCUGUGAACCAAGAACAGUUAAAAUCAGUGCAUGCUGGGAAUAACAAACCAAUACGUGUUGCAACAAGUGCAAAAAAAGAUCCUGUCAAUAUUUACAAGGGCAAAAGAACAAAAAAGCAUUUAGAGGUAGAAAGAGAUGGUGGUAAAACACAAAUAAGACCGUCUCCAUUGAGAGCAAAACCGACCAUGUUUGCUUUAACAAUGUGCUCUGCCCAUAAUGCAGCUGCUCAAAGAGUCGUCAAGCAGCUUUACAAUGCAGAUCUCUCCAACAUAACCCCUUUUGACUUCUCCUUGCCUUCACCUGAUGAUAUUGUGAAUGAAAAGCAAAAGAAAGCAUUUUUAAGAAAGAAAUGACAGUCAAAAGGAAUUCAAGAAAAAAUUACACAUUGAUUAGGCUUAGAUAUGCAAUAUACCAAGCACGGCUGAUUUUAUUUCAUUGCUUGACAGUAAUUAAAUUGAAACAGAGUAAAACUUCAUCAAUAUAAUAUUUCAAUAUGAAGUUUUAAAAAAAAAACACAAUUCUAGAAAGCAAGAUAAUUUUUCCCCCUGUAAUUGUCUAUAUUUUUAAAAUUUGUGUAAAUUUGCUGUUGUUUUAAAUAUUUACAGCUAAAUGUAUAUGUUGGAAAGUUUGACCCAAUUGUAAGUUUUAUUGACUAAAUUAUGUUGCUGGGGAAACAAAGAACAAAUUGUAAUGUCUUAUUUGUAUUUUAAGAGAUCAUACUGCACCAAAGUUGUUUAGUUGUGUGAUGUUUGUCUAAACACUGCAUUUGAAUUCCAAUGUCAGUAUUGCUGUUAACCCUUUAACUCCUAUGAGUGACCAAGACAGAAUCUCUCCUUGCAAUGAAACAUCAAGCAGAGAAGUGACAAGAAAAAUAUAUCAAUAUGGAGAGUAUUAGUUGAUCCAAUACCAAAUUCUCUAAACUAACAAAACAAGAAUUGUACGGCAAAAAGUGAGAAGGUUUACUUAUUAGAUCUAAGGAGUGAAAGGGUUAAAUUUUCUCUCAGGUUGAUUUGCAAUUUCCUCUGUUACAUGUCUUGAUUUUGAACCAUAAGGUAAGACGACAAUUAUUAAAAAGAAAUUUAAAAUCAACCUGGGAACUCUCUCUAACUCUUUACCUGAAAGGAAAAAUAAAGUGCAGUCUAAAAAUUACUUUCUUAUAAAUGUUAAUUGUAUAUUUAGUGAUAUAGUGAUUUUGCUGUGAUAUUCUUUGAAAUAAAAUCCUUCAGAUUCAAAUGUUCAUAGUUUUUUUUUUCAAUUAUCAGUAACUAGUAGAUUGAAAUACACAGCUAGAGAUAAGGUUAUAGACCACUUAACUUAUAGUACCUCUUUGUACAAAGGGGUACAUUUUACCUCCCCACAAUGAGCUUUCCUUCUCUGUUUUCCUCUUCUACCAAUAUUUAUCACUGGUUUGUCAACCUGCUUUUCAGUUCUCCUUAUUUCAGUUUGUGAGGCUCCUAUCACCUCAGGCUUUCCUGCAAGAGUAGAGCAGGAUGCCUUUCCUCUGGUUGUGGAGGAAGGGAAGGGGGAGACAACCUCCUUGUGUUAUCCCUGCCUUCUGUUCACUUUGCGUUAGUCAUCCGCUCCCCCUUUCCCUUCUAAAAUGAUUUUUGUCGUUUUUCACUCUUACCAUGCCAUUUAAUCCUUUCACCCCCAUGAUUCAAAAAUCAAUUCUCCACACUGUCUACCAUACAUUUUUUUUAGAUUUGAGCUCUGAGAAUUAGGUUUAAAAUCAAGUCAUUUCCCUCAGGUGAUAUUUUUUUUCUUUAUUUUUAUCACCUUUUUCCUGGAAAAUAUAUUAAUGCUGAAAUUUCUCUUUGGUCACUCCUGUGGGUGAAUGGACUAACCUGGAUAUUAUGAAAAAAGUGGCAGUUUUGAAAUAACUGUUAUGGUUUAUACAUCAGGUAACUCUAGCAGUGUACAAAAAGAUCCUGAACCACAGAUCAAGCUUCAUCAUCCUCUCCUGAAUAAUGCAGCAAGCAACAACAAGAAGGAAGGUGUGUUGGACCCAGUCACUCCUCUGGUUACAGCUCUGUCAGAAAAGGCAUCAUUGGGCUUUUCAACUCCUUCAACUGAAAAAAAGAAAUCAAUGGAAAGGUAAGAGUGAAACCACUUUUUGACAGUACUCCUUCGCACCCUUAAAUCAGUAUGUAUAUUCUCCAUACUGUUUUCUACACAUUUCUCAAAGUGCUAAGAAGGAGAACUUGUUUAACGAUCAAGAACUUCUUAAGUUGGUGAUCAAUUCUAUAUUCACAUGACUGUAAUGUUGGAUUCAUGGGUGAUAUUGUGAGGAGAAAUUAGAUGCAAGUCACUCUUUGGGGUCAAACUGUUAAUUUAUUCAAAUUUCUUUCAAAGUCACAACUAGCUUUGCACUUUCCUGCAUAACUAUCAAAAAAUAGAUGACUGUGGACCAGCAACAAAAAUAACACACUGCAAAGAUUAUUUUGAUUAAAAUGUCACUCUUGUGUUGAUAAUUCUAGUUCAUGCCUUUCUUAUCUUACCUUAGUAAUAAACAAGAGCUGCAUUUUCCUUGCUCUUUUCCCCAACUGCCAGCUAUGCUCUUUUUCAGUCAUCAGACUUCUCAAAUUCUAAUUCAGAGGAUGUGUUAAGUUUUAAGUUUCUAUUCUCUAGCUCUCCUGAAGUACCACUUGAAGAAGACACAGACCAAGCUAAAUCAGCAGACACUAGCAAACAAAGAAUAGCUGCCAAGAACAGAGAGAAGGAGGUUGAAGUCAUCAUUUUUUCAUAUUUUUUGAUAUUCUUAUGAUAUGCAGUUCAUUCCUUUAUCAUAGUCAUUAAUCUACAGUUACUUGUUUGGCUUUAAUUCUCAGAAGUGAUUAACAUGUAACUUCUCCCCAUAAUAUCCAUACAUUACUGAGCAAACAGGUAAUGAGAAUACUCAAACUUAGACAGGCAGAAGUUGUUAUCUUGAUCUAUCACCAAAUUCUCGUAACAAAUUUACCAGGGAAUGAGUAGAAGCAAGAGGGGAGAAUUAACAAUCAAAUCCUGGGAGUUAAAGGGUUUAUUAAUCAUUUUUCAAUUUGAGUUUGAAUAAAGACAUUUAACAUUUAAGCACUUGAAAAGAAUCCUGAAAAAAUUAGGCUUCUACAGGAUUCAAACCUAGGCUUCUCAGAUACUUGUUAGGCGCAACUACCAACUGACCUACAAAGCGACAGGUUGGAAGCAGGGCAAAUUUUUUAGGGAGUUCUUCUUUCCUGUAUAGCUCAUCAGCGAGGAUCAAUGCCUCAUUUGAUCUUCAAUUGUUAGGUCUAACGAGAUCAUUGCACUAUUUGAUAAUCAACCUGUAGGUCUAAUGAAACUUUUUCAUCACAAAUUGUAUCACAUUCCUCCAUGGGAAAGAAGCCUUGCUAGCAACUUUUGCUUUAUUUGGUAGGUCAUUAUUAUCAAAUGCCUCAUAAAUUGUAUUCACUUCAAUUUUUGACCACAGGUGCAAGAAGAGUAUGACAGGCGUCAGAGAGGAAAAAUUCUUCUUAAUUUGGUGGUGAUUGGUAGGUAAUUCCACAAUUCAAUUUUCCUGAGUUAAGAUUAUAAUCUUGGAACAAAAAAAAUCACCCUUAAAAAUGUUUAAAUGUGGUUGAACUUUAAAUGAUCACCAUCUAUGUCUAAAAUUUGCUGACAUCAAGAUGAUAAAAUCAUGGGCUGUUGGUUAGCUCUCUCAAAAUCACUGUUAGCUAAUAGAACAGAUUAUUCCUACAUCAAUUUUCAGUUGAUUGAGGCAUGGAAAAAGUUUAGCAACUGGGCUUUUAUGGUGAAGUAACAGUGUUGUCACAGGCAACCUUCCUUGGUUCCAAUGGUAACCAAAUCUCAAGGGCUGUGUGUCACCAACCAUCAAACGUAAAAGCCAUCAAAGGAAGUCAAACAAUAAUUUGCCACUUGAAAAUGUGGUCUUCAAACUUCCCUCCUGCCCCACUCAACUGAAAAUCACAGUAUUUUGUCAAGUACUGACAAAUGACUGAAUUGCAAUUAAAAUUACUUUAAUUUUUUUGUCAGGUCAUGUUGAUGCUGGGAAAAGCACACUCAUGGGUCAUCUUCUUUAUCGUCUUGGAGAUGUUUCUAAAAAGUCGAUGCAUAAAUAUCCUUUUCAUUUAAAAAAUUUAUUCUAUAAAUUAUUUGUCAAAUAGUUUAUUAUAGUUUAUACAUUGUAGAGGAUUUUUAUAAUUUUUACAAUUUGUAAGAACGAUUUGACAUUGUUUAUUCAAAUCAUCAGAGCAGGGACAAGAGGAUUAUUGCUCAUUUAGGAUCCUGAAUUUUAAGUACUUCCAUUUAUAUAUUACGAAUUAAUACAUGUAGAUCUUGCCUUCCUAAAAAGUUUUUUUAGUGAUAAAGUAACAAUGGGAUUACUGAAUUGUGAUUUGAAGAAUAUUUUGCAAAACCGGUAGCAACUAAAACUGAAUUUUGAUGGCACUUUCUAUGUAAUGCUUGUCUCCUCUUACCACGUUUUUGAAAAACCAUCCAAGUUAAAAUGUUUCCCUUUGAGACAAAGUCUAUAAACCCUUUACACCCGAUGAUCAGGAUCCAUUUUCUCCUUACUCUUCUCUCUUUUGAUACUAAAAAGGAGAAUUUGUUUAACAGUGCAAGCUUUUUAGCUUGGCGACCAUUUCCUUCAUUCUCAUAUUUUUAAUGAAUGGAUCAGCAGUAUUACUGUAAGGAGGAAUUAGAUACUGGUCACUCUUAGGGUUUAAAGGGUUAAGAUUCAGGAACUUACCUGGAAGCUUGGCACCCCAUCCCAUUAACUGCACUAUAAAGCUUCCAGGAAAGUUGGCAUUCUGUUAGUUAUCCUUGGCAAUGUGUCAGUAGCCUGUGAGCAGGAGCUCAUUUUUAGCCUAGCAGGACCCGCAUUUCUCCAUGUGUGGGCAGAUUUUAAAUGAGUUGUUGGGAGGUUUACUGGGUAUCAGGCUUUAACCAUGUGCUAGACCCAUUGCAGAUCUUUAGCCGGCUUGUACUAACAAUGUAGAUCUCACAUAAGUAACCUUUUCUUAACUGGAAUACAUAUGAAAUGGAGAGUAAAAAAGCAGGAAAAGCUUCUUUUGCAUAUGCCUGGGUUCUGGAUGAGACUGGCGAGGAAAGAGAAAGGUAAAUUACCUAUUUAACAAAUAGAUUCCCUGUUGCCAUGCAUCUGUUCUGUAACAGAUCACAGAUAAAGUCAAAAUGUGGCAAGAACAAAACGUGGCUGGUCUCUGAUGUCCUGACCAUAUUUUGACUUGUCCUGUUAUCUUUUACUGAACAGACCCAUGGCCACAUGGAAACUAUUUGUUUCCUUUGAUAAAAGGCAAAAUGUUGUUAAUGGUGAGGUCAUCUAUGGGUCUUGUCCUGUAAUAGAUCAUAGGUAAGGACCAAUCAAAAUGCAAGCAUAAUUCAGCUUAUUAUGUAAUAAACCUAACCCUAAUCAAUUAAUUUUGUACUGUGGCAAGGAAGGGGAUAUGUGUUGUUGUUAACCAAUCUGAGUGAUAUGUUGAUUUUUUGACAGGGGAAUAACAAUGGAUGUUGGUUUAACAAGGUUUGAGACAGAAACCAAAUUGAUAACACUCAUGGAUGCCCCAGGACACAAAGACUUCAUUCCAAAUAUGAUCACUGGAGCAGCUCAGGUUUGUUAACUUUUUGAUUCCUCAGCUGCAUUAAGUGACAUAAAUAGUUGUUAAUUGACAGGGUAGUGUUGCAAUACUACAGAAGUAAUGAGUAAUUACCAUAGCAGACAACCAUGAGUCUAUGAUCAGUCCAUCAUAGAUGCUGCUGCAUUGCAACAUGGGACAGGCCUCCGCAGCUUGUUAUGCUGCUUCAUCACACAUUACUCAAUGCCAAGUAGACUUUGCACACGAGCUAGAGAAUCAGGGGUGUUCAAUGUCCCCACCCACCCCAUGAUGGUAAGACCUCAUAUAUGGAGUCCAUGUGCCGUGAUCUUUCAGAAAGUGGUGUAAGUUUUCAUCUGCACCCUCUGAAUGGAUUGAAAGAAUGUAGGAGAUAAGGCAAUAGCUUAAAGUAACUUUUUGGUUUUUCAAAAAUUGUGGUCACCUGGAUGAAAGCUUUUAAUGAUAGUUUGCAAGGGUAGAUAAACCCCAAAGAAGAAAUAGUAAACUAAACGAGAAUGAGAACGGUGAAGAAUGGACAAGAUAAAGCAGAUCUGAGAUUUAAAUGACAAAUUGUAAAUUGAAGGUAAAAUUUUGAAAAACUUUCAAACUGUGUGUUAGCUGCUGUAACAUCACUAUCUAAUAUGUUUGCCAUCUAAACUAGCAUGAGCACUUUUUUGCAGACAGUUUUAUCUUGUAGUUUAUGUUUUCUCUGUUGUUGUUGUGUUAUUUUUGGCUCUGUUGUUGUUGUUGUUUUUCUUUGGGCUGCAUUGACUGGUAUCUUUGGUGAUCCCAAAGAGUGAGUAACAUCUAAUUUCUCCUUACAAUAUCACCCUUGAAUCAGAUAUAAAGGUCACGAGAAUAGAGGAAAUGAUCACUAACUUAAGAAGCUCUUGAUUGUUAAACGAAUUCUCCCUGUCUGCACCUAAGGAAAUGUGUGGUGAACAGUACGGAGAAUAUUUAUACUGAUGUUUGGGUGUCAGGAGCUUAGAAGAAAUUGUUGUCUGUGCAAUUAUCUGUCAAAAUGAUAUUCUGAGGUUUAAUCUUAGGCUGACGUCGCUGUGUUAGUAGUUGGCUCCAGCACUGGUGAAUUUGAAGCAGGAUUUGAAGCUGGUGGACAAACGAGGGAGCAUGCGUUGCUUGUCAGAUCACUGGGUGUAACGCAGGUCAUAGUGGCUGUCAACAAGCUUGACAACGUAAGUAGUUUUUAUAUAAUAAAGUAGAAGUUUUGUAUGAGCACGCAAGAUUCUAUAAACAAUUUUUUAUGGAACUUGCUUCUUGAGUGAUAUCCAAACUAUCCAAGUUGUUCAUAUUUAGGUGAAGGCACAGUAACAUCCUGUACAAAUGUUUUGUUUUCAGGUUGACUGGUCAGAAGCCAGGUACAAUCAUAUUACAGGAAAACUCAAGCACUUCCUAAAACAGGCUGGGUUUAAGGUAUGUUCAUCUUUGUACAAGUUACGUAAAAUGUGUAAUACCUCCCUCCUCUCCCCUCCCCUCUUACCCCGGGUUUGAUUUCGCUCUUUCACUUUGGAAGAUAACCGUAGAGAAAUAGGUCUCAUAACAAUUUUCUGUCCUUGAUAGGAGUCUGAUGUGGUAUACGUUCCCUGUAGCGGUCUCACUGGUGAGAAUCUAACAGGGUCUUCCAAAGAGCCUCUGCUGCGCGCGUGGUAUAAUGGACCCUCCUUACUGGACAGGAUAGGUACAAAAUCAGUCCUUAAAGAAAGAUGUUAAAUAUUUGUAACGAAUAAUGAACAUAGGAAUGAGUAUAUUCUCCGUGAUGCGUAAAACACUGCCAGUUCUGAUUUGGUUGUCAGACGCUUUGCCAACCUAAGGGAACUCUUUGGCAAGUUUGGCCUUAUACUAGAGUGCAGUUCGGUUGAUUGUUGUUAAGCCUAAACAAGAUUUUCCCCAUUGGCCAGUCGUAAGAAAGGAAAUAUCACAAAGAACCAAUGAGAACCUAAGGUAAAAACACGGUAAAGUCUUUUAAGCGGGGGAAACGUGACUUGCAAAUUCGCGAUUGGCUUAAGUUUUGAAUUGGUUGAUUUCACGAAUGGCGCGAGUUUUCUUGACCAGCUUGAAAGCGUGCUGAAGAGAGACAAAAAGCCAUCCCAGACUACUUUCAAUUGGAAAUUGAUUUUACGUGUCGAGCACACUGCUAUUGCUAAGUUCAGUAGUCAUUGUCAAAAGCAUCAUGCGUGAUUAGUAAGAGGAAAGGAUGCGAAAGAUAGAAUAGCGAGCUUGUUCGUUCAACAUGUAAGUUGAAUGAAUAAAGGGGGUAAAUUUCUAAAGAAACUGUGGUACUGCGUCGAUGGGAGAAUAUAACAUGGUAAUUGACUUUUGUCAACGGAGUUGAUAACGUAAACUGGCCACCGUGAAGAGUUUCAAACCCGACGGUUCGAGCGUUAGCACUUCGCCAGAGGAAUUGUUGGUUGUGUGUGGGUUUAUAUGCAGAAAAUGGAGCCACGUUCUGCACAUAAACAGACACACGGGAGAAAUUAUUAUUUGUUAUGUUGAAGCAUUGAUGUCACCUGUAACAAAAGGUCAAAUAUUUCCAGUUCUGGAAAUUUUAAUUUUUUUUUUCAAUAGACAAUUUUAAGCCUCCAAAGAGGGACUUGGACAAGCCAUUUCGGUUUUGUGUGUCAGAUAUUUAUAAGGGUAAGUUUUACUUUGUGUGGAUCUGGAGUAAACUUGAUAUUUAACUAUUUCUUUGGAAAUAGAAGCUGGUUUGGGCCAGUUUUUUUUUUUAAGGUGAUUAAAUCGCCAUUAUUGCUUGAUCUUAUCCUUGUUUUUAAAGCAGAGAUAAAAGUCUAAUUACUUAACCUUUACAUUCUAACACCAGUAUGCAUGUUCUCCAAUAUGAGGUCUAGUUUCAUUAAAACCCUAAACCCAUUCAACACGAGACUUUUAUUAUUACAAUGUUAGAACACUAACAACACUUUUUUAUGUACUUAGGAAUGGGAGCAGGAAUAAACGUAACUGGUAAACUGGAAGCUGGUAGACUUCAUGUCGGUGACAAGAUUGUCGUUAUGCCAGCAGGAGAGCAAGGACAGGUGAAAGGUGAGCAAAACUUAGUUUACAAAUGAUGGUUGCGAGGCAAAAUUAAGGAAGAGCGCACUUUGAUUGACUGGUUAAGUGAUUGAUAGAAAGUCGCAAUGGCCAAUCAGAAAAGGAAAACAUUGCAAGCACCCAAUGGAACACAAGUUGAUUGGUCGAGAAUUCGGCGCGAGUUUCCUAGACUAAUCACAAAGCGUGAUGAAGAAAAAACCAACGCAAUUCAGUAUUGCUUUUGAGGCGCAAUUUUAAAUUUCCCAGACUAACUUUGGGCCUCAUUAGAAGCCAGUAGUGUAUGUAAAAUCCUGGCUUCAAUGAGAAGUAGUAAGUUGUUUGGUUUCAACAUUUGUGUUGCCGAUUCUAACUUCUUGGACAAGCUGAAUGAAUAUUCAUCAGAGCAUGUUUGAGUCAGUUCCAUCAAAAAGGAUAGUAAUAAUUAAGCCGCCGUUUUUAUCAUUUCGGAGCAUGCUGUUCCUCGUCAACAGUUUUAGAAACGGUUAUACGCUGAGCAGAAUGUUUUUUAAUCCUUGCUGCAAACCGUUGUUGGGCUAGCACAGGCAGCCCAGCAUAUGAGAAAGCCUUUCUCUUCAGUCUUGGAGCAAUUUGAUCAGCUCUCGACUGACUAUGGUCAUCUCCAGAGGAGUCCCUGAACUCUUCUGUGUUUUGGACUUUACAGGGUGGAAGCUUGGCAGAAGGGCGGAAAGUGUCCAUCUGUUGUUCUUUUUGUAAUUUUAACAGAGUCGGCAAAGCAUCUUUUGUCACUAGUGUUCCUGUGAACAAAUUAACUAUAGUUAUACUUUUGAACUGAGUUUGGAAAAUAAUGCGGAAAUGUCAAAGUUUUGUUUGCCCUCUGAGUGGUUCAGGAAACCUGCUCUAUUCUCUCGUCCAAUCAGGCGAAAGUCUGAUCGUUAACUGGUCACCUGCGUUUUCCCGCGCUACAGAUCGAGUCUGAUUGGCUCCUUGUGUAAUUUAAAUGUUGUUGGCCACGGUGAUUACUUUGGUUUUGGGUUUCAUGACUCUGAGUCAAAAGCGCUGUAUAAUAUUCUACCGAUGUAUUAUGAACGAACUAAAGUUGCCACCGUUAACAUAGACGUUAAUUACACUUAAACUUCGCAAUUCCAUGCUGUCUAGCUCUCUUGACAAACUCAACUCAGACUGUUAGCGUCCUCAGGUGAUAUUACCAGGUUUAUUAUGUGUUUCAAUCUGAACAGAACUUUAACUUGGUGUAACUUACCAGUACGAUCAAGAAGCUUAUGGGGUUUGUCAAGCUUGUCUUGUGCCGACAUUCUCGCCUGAAAUGCUGCUGAUCUUUUAAUGUGAACAGUAAUCGUGAGCUGUUUUGCCACUUCUGGGAACUUUGCGCUAAACAAAGAGAAACCAAAGUAGAAUUACUAUGAUCUUCCAUGAACCAGAAACUAAGCCGUUUUCUGCCCGUAAUCACAACUGUGUUAAUUUUUUUCCUUUUUAAUUGGCCGUUGUGAUUACGUUAGUUUUGGUUUUAUAAUAUCAAAAAUGGGCGUUAUUGAUGAAUAUGGACUGGAGUACCUAAAGUAAGGUGAUAGCUUCUGAGAUGCACGUGUUGUCCUCGUUCUUCUCCAUUCGUCAGCAUUUUUUAAAACGUGAUUAUCACGUGCAGCAGUGCUCGCUUUACCACAUUCUCGGAGCAACUGUGCACAUCGGAUAUGCCCCAUUCUUUCUGCUAAUAUCAGUGGAGUUUCACCCAAGUCGUUUCUCUGAUCAAUAUCCAAACCGUAUUUCCUCAUCUGUUCAAGAAUCAUUCGUGUUAUCCCAAGAUUUCCUGAAGCAGACGCAUGAUGCAAAGCUGUGUUUCCGUUGCAGUCUUUAUCAAGCCACGGAAUCUCUCUCUUCUCUAUCAUGACUGAAACUAACUUAAUACACUGCUUCAUACAACAGUAACUAAAAACUGAGAUACCGAAUUCGUCUUUAUGCUCCACUCCGGCCCCAUGUCGUAGCAAAAUACGCCCCAAAGACACCCUUAAGAAUUCAUUGUCAAGAUCGCAGACAAGGCGUAGCGGCGUGCACAUGCGCGAAUCGAGUUUAUUGACGUUGCAUCCCACAUUUGUUAGAAGACGUACUUGUUGUUGAUUACGACGAAUUAUUGCCUGAUGAAGUGUUGGCAUGGCUGUAAUUUAGAGACCUAAUGACUGUUAUCGGGAUCACGAGAGUUACUUGCUGCCUGAACUGAAAAUACACAAUUGUUGUUAAUUGCUGUGACAAUGCUACCUUGCCAACAAAAGAACUGAGCCUAAGGGUUAAUCGUAAUUCAACACCUCACCAUUAAACCGAGCGUGCUUUUCGGUACAAUUUAUGUCUAAAUCUGGAGGCCAAAAUGCCUCAUUUUGUUACGUUUUUCUUCAUAUUUUGUGGAUUUUUCACAUUGUUACAGAACAUUUUCCUUAACCUCUGUGUUCUAUUGUGGAAAACGACAGUAAUUGCGGCCCCCAUACUCUCUUUGUUAUUUUCCUCCGCAACAAUGCAUAAUUCACCUUUGAUUCGUAUAAUCAAUUUUUCCGUUUUCAAUUCAUAUUAAUCCGUUUUAAUCAGUUAACUCUAACUAAUUUGAACCAAAAUUACUUUUGAUUGAGCAUAAUUCCUUGUUAAUUAAUAACAGGAUAAUUAAAAUUCAAUACCAACCCGAUUAGUUGAACCCCCGCUAUCUCGAAUGAUUUGUUUCCCUUGGGAGUUCGAGCUAGUAGAGUUCUGUUGUAUUGAUAUCAUUUUUUUUUCUUGUUUUAAGCCAUGAAUAUCUUGUGGCUUUUUCCUAUUUGAGGAAAUUUUCAAUAAUUACAUAGCAAUUAUUUAAAGCAUACCCAAAUACUAUGAACUAGCUCAUUUAAAUUGUGGUUUAACGUGUUCGAGUUGAAGUAAUUUUCAAGGUCGCGAUUUUUUGCUUAUUUUUUUAAAGCGUUCCACUCGUCUCUUGCGCCUGUAUCUGGCCAUGAAAUUUAAAAUGGACCGGCUAUCAAGAAUUUUGCGUAGAUGCUCAUAAAGAACCGGCGUUAUUUCAAUUUAAAAUCGUAGAAGCGGGAAAAUCUUACAUUAGACUCAUGCAAUCCAAUUGCAUUUUAAUACCUUGUGUAGUUCACAUUUUCCAACCUGUUGUAGUUUGUGCCAUACGCCUAGUAACAAACUUCGCGUUCUUCGGAUUGAGUUGGUUUGAUCUAAGAUGUCGCUAUGGUGAAAUCAGUUGGGGAAAGUGAGAAGUUACGAACUAACUAAGAACUAUCGCCUAUGUAUGCUGUGGUCGGCUUUUUGAAACAAUUAAAGCCGAAAUUCGUUUCUUUGAUUUUAUAAUUACGUUCAACUAAUGAGGUAGCGGCAAGGUUAAUAGGCAUUAUAUUUGUAAACACGCUAAAAUACACCAAUGCCUUCAAAUUACUGAAUAGUUAAUUAUUAAUGUAAGUAUGUUGUUGUUGGACUUUCUUGUUUUUAGAAUCAUCUAUUUGAGGAUCAUAUACAACUAUUUUGUAAAGGAAAACGCAAAAUCUAAAAGAAAAAUAAACAAACCAAAACGAUCUAUAAGGUUAAUUUGUAAGUGAUGUAAAUGUAAAAGACCGUCUCCGAAAUUACUGCUGGCAGUUUACACCAGUAAUUAAUAAAUUGCGCACCCCUGAUAUUUGUGCCCACUCCAAAAUAUUCACCGUUUGGGAAUCUUAUCUAUUUUUUAUGUAGCUUGCUGUUGUUUCAUCAGUGAAAAUUUAAUUAACUCUUCCACUCCCCAGAGUAACCAACAAGAACAUUCUUCGGACAUUAUCGUUACAUUUUCAAAGCAGAUGAAAGCGAAAAGAAAUAUCACUAGGGGUAUAUUGUGUACUUUAGACCCAAAUACUCAAAGCUCAGAUUUUAAGAAAUUUACGACUGACGGUUAGGAUAAUUGAUAUCUAAUGUGAAUGAAAAAUACAGAAAUUCGUGUGACUGGGGUAUAUCAUUACAUGAUCUUCUCCGAGAAAAGAAAUGUCGCUAAAUCUGAACAAUUUCUCUCGAUUACCUCUUUGAUCGCUUAAAUUUUACCAGAUAUCGCUCGCUUGUAGCAUCUCAAGCAGCAACUAAAGCUUCUACUUGACUAUUCGUUCAUUUUUCAAAGGAAGGCUAUGUUUGUUUACUGUUUCCACUCAGGCCUAAGCAUACAUGACGAACCUGUGCAGUUGGCGUGCGCCGGGGAUCACUCCACAUUGGUUCUAUCGGGCUUGGACAUGAUGCAUGUCGGGUAAGUAUGGGAUAGCUAUGGCACUUAAUUCAUAGAGACACCUGUUGUACUGUUGAAGCUAGAAGACUAUCAAUCAAACAGUUCAAAAGGGACCUGAUUUCAUUGCUGGUUGGAUAACGGUAGCAGACAAAUGCCCGCCUACAAUUUUUUUACAUUAAACGAGUUGUGUUAUGGGUUUUACAUCUUGAAAAAUGUAUGCUGAGUUUUUAUUCGGCUUUUUUCAAUCCUACCCAAUUUCCCCCAUCCCUAUCUAUUCACGUAUCUCUCUGUAGUCCUUCACGAUGAAGGAGAGGGGUGGGUGGGGGAGUGAAUAGUAGUCUUUUCGCCCUUCCUCCCAUCCCCGCCCGCCGCCUCUAUGUCCAAAACAAACAUGGCCGGUUGAAUAAACGAUCGCGAGCUUCUUAAAGUUAAAUCGAACUUCUAAGAUGCCCUAAGUCUCGUUUGUUUAUUUUUUUUUAUCCUCAGAUUGGGAACUGUUUUGUGUCCACCCCGCUCGCCGAUCAAGUGUACCACCAAAUUGAAAGCUCGCAUUUUAGUUUUUAACGUUCGUGUUCCUAUCACCAAGGGAUUCAUGGUGAGUAGCCAUUGUGGAUUUUUACAAAUAAACUAUGUUAGGAAGAUUUUUCAGAUUUUCUCGGAUUUUUCAAUGAUUUUAUGCCCAAAAAAAAAUACAUUAUUAAGCUUGAAAAGAGAAUCUCUUUGACGAGCGGUUUCAACUCACAUCAUUGGAAUCUAACUUGACGAUGUUAAAUAUUUUAUCGUGGCUUUUUGGAAUGUGAGUCGCUAAGGAUGGUGGUCACUCUUAAAAGCAUUUCUGGUUUCCUUGUGAAAUGCAGCCUCCUAAUUAACUGGCAGAGUGUUAGAUUUUGUGUUAAGAGGUCUGAGUUCAAACCCUGGCCGGGUCAUUUUACGCGAUAGUUUACUCUGUGUGCAUGAGUACAAGAAAAUUGUGAGAGAAACUUGAAGAAUCAACCCUUGACCUCUAAGCUUGACUAGCGCCUAAUUUCUUCAUACAAUAUCAGCCCUGAAUCAAACAUCUAAGUCACAAGAAUAAAGAAGCUCUUGAUUGAGAAGCAAAUUCUCCCUCGUCAGCACCUUAGGAAAUGUAUAAAAAACAGUAUGGAGAAUAUGCAUACUGAUGUUAGGGUGUAAACAUCUUUAACCUUACCGUUCGAAAUAAGUCUGUCUGUACAGUCACGAACAAGCCUGCUUAUUUGCCUACAUUCCUUUGCAGACCCCUUGUAAAUAUAAGAAAGCUUGCAUGAGGCUCGAUAUUUUGAGAGGUUUUUAAGUGAUUUUAUGUGAGUAAAAAAAUAUACACUCAACUGGGAACUGACUGUUCAGUUCACAUCCAAAUACGGAAACUGUGGAUGUCGCUUGACUCAGUUCAUUAAUUAACCGUUCUUAAGUUGUUCCUGCCGUCGUGUAGGAAUUUUGUUAAACGUACGAGAUAAGGAGCGAAAAUAGCAAACCUGAAAAUACUCCAAGAGUCGACAGAGUAAACAAAAUAAAAAGAGUUGACGUAAUCGACAGAGUUUACAAAAUAAAAAGAGUUGACGUAAUCGACAGAGUUUACAAAAUAAAAAGAGUUGACGUAAUCGACAGAGUUUACAAAAUUAACAGAGUGUACAGAGUAGACAAAAUCAACAGAGUGUAGACAAAAUCAACAGAGUGUAGACAAAAUCAACAGAGUGUAGACAAAAUCAACAGAGUGUACAGAGUGGACAAAAUCAACAGAGUGUAGACAAAAUCAACAGAGUGUACAGAGUGGACAAAAUCAACAAAAAAACAACUAAAAAUCAAAAAGCGGACAAAAUCAAUGCAUAUCUCGGUAUCACGAACAUUUUGGUUGUUUUUUCGCUUACUCGUUAAAUCGUGGUUUUCAAUAAAACGAACCUCCGACAUAACGAACAAGUUUCCCCAGUCUCUUGGCACUUCGUUGAAUUGAGGUUACACUGUAUCUUAGUCUUCUGAACGUUCAGUACAAGGAUGGAAAUGCAGUUACCACUUCAUUUCCCAUACGGUCAUAAAUAACUCUCGUAACGUAACACUUACAUUCCGUAAGACCAUGCUCGCCAACAGCGUCCUUAAACCUUCUUUUUAACACAAGUGUAUUUUGAUAAUUUUCAUCCAUUUCCUCCAAAUCAGGAUACAACAGAGUCGCCCUGCAGAGUUCUCUAAUUUCUUUAAGUUCUUUACUGUAAAAAACACUUUUAUCCCUUUUCUUAGGGUACAUGUGUGUUUUGGCGAUAUGUACCCAAUUUGGCUUCCUCAUCCAUUCUUCGGAACUUAAGUUUACCUUUAAUGUCGGACGUUUUCGUACAGCACACCUUUGUUGAAUUCCUCUCUUUUUCAUAGGCAUGUCGAUGUGGAGACUCUUGUUCUUAUCUCCCUUCCGCCUCGGGUAUACACGCUGCCCUUGCCGAGCGUGUAUUGCUGAUUUGUUGUCCUCGUCUCUCUUCCAGCUUGUCCUCGUAUAUGCACUUUCCUUUUCCCAAGCCUUCUCAGGAUAUUCUUGUACUAUCUUUUUGCUUUUCAUUCCGUACUUGUACGUUUAUUUAUUUUUUGACGAAGUUGACAAAAUCGACAAAGUCGACGUAGAGGUAAAACUCUAGCUAUUAUUUUUUUCUCAAGUGGUUCUGAGUGCGGUCCGUAUUGUCUGCUUAAGGUGCCCGUACUGUGCACGGUACUAAUUAAUUUUUGUGUUUUCUUCCGGGCAUUAUUUUCAAGCAAAGUAUUUUAACGCAAAAGCCCAUUAAUAACUCAGUAAUCGUCUCUUUUCUCACUCUUAAAUCACUUUGGUUGCCAGCAGAAAAUUGUUUUCGAAAUGAAUUUAGGGUAGCAAGUGUGUCAUUUGAGUGAUUAAGCAAGAGGACGGUAAAGUCAUUUCAGAACGGGAAAGCGCGCCGAUAGCAUGGACAUGACUCUAUUUCGACUUCCGGUGUGGAGCGUUGCCGUUUCCCUCAACAAGUUCAGAACGUCAUUUCGCAGGCUUUCCCGUCACGAUCAAAACGCCUGGGAUUUGCGUAAAUUGUGCACUUAUAAAUGAGAUAAUGCUGUCUGGAAUGAUUUCAGAACUCAUUUCCAGCAUAACCGGGUCACUUUCUUUGUUUUAUUCGGUGUAUUUAAAUGUACCGCUACAUUUAUGCUGGAUUUCCGAAAGGAAAUACGAUCGUUAGCAAACGAUCCAAGAUUUCAGGGCUCAGUUCGCUUUUAAUUGAGCAAGGCUUUAAACAACUUAAGGGCUUCUCUUUGAUACAUUUCUUUAACCCUGUAUGAAAACUCUAAGAAUGGGAUGCUGUUAAUUUUAUCGUGAAUUAAUUCAUCAAUAAAUUAAACUUGCUUCAUGUUUAAGUUUAUCAAAAUGAAAUAUUACGAAGCUUACCUACUGUAUUAUUCAGUGUCAUUUCUUUAAAAAAUGUUCUACGAAUUGAAGUCAGAGAUGAAAAAAUUCAAUGUUAAUACAAAGGAACCAUCCAACUGGAAACCAUUCUAUUCAUAUGCAAAUACGAAACGUGUGGAUGUCGCUUGUUCAUUAUCCGUUCUGAAAUUGUUUCUGCCGUAGUCUAGAAACUUUUUUUUUUAAUGUUCAUCGUGGUCCAUCUUCUCUUGAGGUUACGAGAUAAGUAGCGAAAAUGGCAAACCUGAAAACACUCGCUAUCGACAAUAUCAGGUUAUUAAUGAGCUUGAGGCAGUUUCUCAAUGGGAAUCCUUCCUUCGAGUGCGAGAGGUUCCAAAGAUGAACCAAAAAUAACAAAGUUUUCAGUAACAGCGUCCACUGAUACAGACUUGCCUCCAGUGACGGGUGGUCCCAGGUCACGUUCCUCGUCUUAACCCCUCCUACGCAGAUAGCUGACACCGUUAUGGCAAAUAUCGAAUAGUACUAAGCUCUUAGAUAGCCAUUGCGCGUGUUUAAAAGGAAGAUGGUGAUCGUGUCUUCGCGAACACGGGGUAAAGGAAAUAUUCUUGUGCGUCCUCCACGAAAAUAUCGAGCUUUGGAACUUCGGAUGUUGCGCCACGAUGGAGAGCGACAGAGAAGUCUGUGGUUACCUAGGCCAUUUCAAGACUCGCAUAUGCCAAGCCUUUGCAUAAUGCCAGAAUCAGCAACGUUGACGGCAUCGCAUGAGUGUUUAUUAUGCUUCAAGAUUACUUAACAUUCAGUUAAUACUUCCUGUAACUAAGCUACAGUUAUUACUUUCUGCAAGGAAAGCAAAAUGAUAAUGUGAGUUAUAUCAAACUGAUCAGAUUACUGAAGCACAUCUUGUUUUUCGUGUUUGCAUAAAGUCUGAUAUUUUCGAUAAACACAGGCGUCUAAAAUAUUGAGUGAAAAGUAGUGGAUAUUGUGAAUGAAUAAAAGAAUGAAAAGACUACCUGAGUAAAAAGUGUGGCGUAAUCGUUAUGUUUGUCAGUCGUUUUCAUCUUUCACACCUGCAGAAGUGUGGAACAAAGAAAAAAAUGACCAACACAAAGCUAAGUUUGUUAGUCCAUUUGACACUUAGUAGAAAAUAAAGGAUGACGAGGGGUCUUUGUAAAUAGGAAAGUGUGACAUGGUCUUCAGUUUAUCAGACUUUUCCUCACUUCCCUACCUCUCUAGGAGUUUACAUUAAAGGAUAAAUGGCAAAGGUUUUUUGGGCAUGGUAAAAUGCAACAUAUUUUGUCACUCUGUUCCAUAAUUCCAAACUUACGAAGAGCUUGCUUAGUAAGCAGUGUAUUAACUCUUUAUAUUAUGGCCAGGGUGGACAUGGCUUGUUACUGCAUUUCGAAUUGGAGAGUAGUUUUCCGUAAAACUUGGCCUGUCCAACCACUUCUUGGUCAAUGAAACGACAUUGGUUUUUUGGAAUACAUUAAGGAUACAUUUAGCUUAAAGCUUUUCCGGCCCCAAAAGAGAGUUUCAAGUACUUGCAUGGUCUGUUAUUCCAGAUGUUGAAGAAUUCAUUCCUUGGUCAUUAAGCGUCUCACACAGAACAUUUUAGCAUCAUUUCUAAUUGGAGGGAUUCCUUAAAGGCGUGAUACAAUUUUUCGUUUUUAUAUUCUUAGAUUUUAAAGUUUUUAAAAGAAUUGGACGGCACCAAUACAGUGGCGUUGGGAAAACAAUGAAAAGAAUCCUAUGUUCUAUGACUUUUUUCGCUAGGUAAGGAAAGUUAUCUGUUCUAAUUUUAUCGUCUGUCCUCAGGUAUUGUUCCACUACAAAACGUUAAAUGAACCAGCUACCAUCCAGAGGCUUUGUAGCGUUUUACACAAGAGUACAGGAGAAAUCCUACAAAAGAAACCCAGGUAAGAAAGCUUAUGUAAGUUACCACAAGGAAAGGUUAUCCCCAUGGCGAGAAAAUCAAUGUUCCAUUUAGUGCUUAGUGCUUACUGACAUUUUCACGUCGAUGUAGCCCAUAUCGAACAUAUGAUACUUUGACACUAUUUGCAGUCGUUUGUGUGACAUACUGAGUUUAACCAAAACCAAGGCAAUCCUGAGUUACUUUGUACACUCAAUUUCAACUUGUUCUACUGUUUUCUCAUCAUGUUUCCUUACCUCUUCAGAUGUUUAACAAAGAACUCAAAUGCGGAGGUUGUAAUUCACACCUACAAACCCGUUUGUGUUGAAUUAUACAAAGACUACAAAGAUCUUGGAAGAUUUAUGCUGCGCUACAGCGGUGAAACCAUAGCCGCGGGCGUUGUAACAGAGGUAGGCCUUAAGCCCUUCAACCCUUUCUGGUGUUAAUCGUUUAGGCUAUUUACUUGUGUCCUUAUAUAAAGAUGGGUAAUCUUUCAAACGAACAGAAAUGAACGAUGUGUUGAAAGAGUAUUUUUUGUCAUGAGAAUAGCUUUCACUAGUUACGGGUGACGUUUGGUAAACGACGUCUUUUUGAAGAAUUGGCGUGUAUUACGUGAGAGGUUCAACCCUUGUUCCAUCCCC